AUGAUUACACCUCUUCUAACUCUCCUAGGGUCGUCGAAGCUUAGACUACUUCAUUGAAAUUUUCAUUUUUAGGUAAAAAAGAAACACACAAAUGGUUGUGCUGUCAUCCGCAACUUCAAUGAGAACCAAAAAAACCAAAGCAGUAGGGAUUCCCGUUGUUGAUCUUUCCCUCGAUAGGUCCACCGUAUCGGAGCUAAUCGUCAAAGCUUGUGAAGACUAUGGUUUCUUCAAGGUCAUCAACCAUGGCGUACCUAGUGAUACAAUAUCGAGACUUGAAGACGAAGGGGUUCGUUUCUUUGACAAGGAAGCAGGUGAUAAGCAACGUGCAGGGCCUGCAACUCCAUUUGGUUAUGGUUUAAAGAACAUCGGUCUUAAUGGUGAUAAGGGUGAACUUGAGUACCUGCUUCUUCAUACCAACCCUUUCUCCAUUGCUGAAAGAUCCAAAUCUAUCUCUAAUAACCCUCAAAACUUCAGUUGCGCCGCAAACGAUUAUGUAGAAUCAGUGAGGGAAUUAGCAAGCGAGAUCCUUGAGCUAAUGGCUGAAGGACUUUGGUUCCCAGACAAGUACGUGUUCAGUAGGUUAAUCACAGACACCCAAAGUGACUCGGUCUUAAGGUUCAAUCAUUAUCCUACAGUAAAGAACCGAGAGCCAUGUUCAUACAAAGACGAUGAUCAUCGGAUUGGUUUCGGAGAACAUUCUGACCCUCAGAUCCUCACCAUACUACGAUCCAACGAUGUUGCGGGGCUUGAAAUCUGUUUGCAUGAUGGGUUUUGGGUCCCUGUCCCACCUGACCCUACUCAAUUCUAUGUCAUCAUUGGUGAUGCCUUACAGGUUCUAACAAAUGGUAGAUUUACGAGCGUGAGACAUAGAGCAUUAGCGAACUCAUCGUCGAGGAAUUCAAGAAUGUCGAUCAUGUACUUCGCCGCACCGCCGGUUAACGCGACAAUCGGUCCCCUCCAUGAGCUGGUCUCACCCGAAAACCCUAGCCUUUACAAGCCAUUUACUUGGGGUGAUUACAAGAAAGCUGCCUACUCUUUACGCUUGGGGGAUUGCCGGCUUGACCUAUUCAAGCUUCAUCCCACCAAUGACCAAAAAUUUCCCUUAUUUAGCUAGAUUAAAAAAAGAAAACACAACAUUGGACCGACCAAAUAUACUAAAUUCAUCUGAAGACGUUGUUUAGGGUCUAAAUCGGAGAGACUGACAUAGUGAUAUAGUUGACUAUAUACAUAUAAUUUAUGUAUACACUUGAAUCAAAUAUAUUCAUUUAUCUUAUAUUUAAA